AUGGGGUCAGUUCUCAGAGAUAAUGGGCAUUGUGUUGAGCACGUGUGGAAGGGAAAGGAAACCGGAAGUGACGUAACGCGAGGAACAGGAAAUGACCUCAGCACUUCGGAAGUUUACUCGUUUCCCAGGCGACGACCCUGCAGCUUCUCCAGCCAAGUGGCUGGAGUCGGGAGGCUGGAAAGCGAUUCGGAGAAGGUACCAGCUCAAGGCGGCCGCCACCACAGCGACUCGAGGGGAGUAGCAGACGAAGACGGCGGCCGUCGCACUAGCCACCCCGUGUGGAGGAUAAGCAGCCGACAAGGCCAUUUCGGCACCGAGUCAAGGGAAAGAGUUAGCGACGAUCGGGAGAGAAAACCUGAAGAGGGCGACCGCCGCUCCAGGGUCGCUACGGGAAGCCUAAGUGGAGACGCCGGUUUCUCCCGCAGCGACUUGAGAAGCGUCUGUGAAGACCUCGGCCACCGCCGCAGCGUCUCUCGGGAGGGAGUUAGGGGAGAUAGUGGCCACAGUCACAGCAGCUCUUUGGAGAGGGUUAAGGUAGACCGCAGCUUCUGCAGCAGCGACGUGAAUUUUAGUGAAGUUGGAGGCCACCAAACUAGCGGCUCCAGGGCAACAGCCAGAGAAUACCGUGGCCUCCGCCUCAGUGGUACUUGGGAGGGAGUCAGUGACGGCCGGGACCCGCGAUCUAGUGACUCUGGGGAGACAGUUAGUGACGAUCGCAGUCGACGCCUCAGUGGCUCUUGGGAGGGAGGGAGUGUCGAUGACGGCCCCAGCCUUAGUAGUUCUUGGGAGGGUGUAAGUGAAGACUGCGGCUAUAUAGCCAGCGACUCCUCCGGUGUGAGCGGCAGUGAAGACGCCAGCCGCCGCCUCGGUGGCUUUUGGGAGAGAGAAGGUGAAGACGAAGGUUUCCGCUGCAGCUCCUGGGAGAGAGCGAGAGAAGGCUGUGAGCCCCGUCCUAGCGACAACGAAGAGAGCCGCUGCCGCUGCCGCUGCCGUGGCUCGUGGGUGAGAGCAAGUGAAGGCCUCCGCAGCAGCAGGGGACUGGACACAACUCCCCAGAGUCGGAGGUGUUGCACCAUGCCCGGGGUGGCCAAUUCAGGCCCCUCCACUUCCUCUAGGGAGACUGCAGACCCCUGUUCCAGGAAGAAGGUAUAUUUUGGCAGCAUACAUGAUGCAGUAAGAGCUGGAGAUAUAAAGCAGCUUUCAGAAAUAGUGGAACAUGGAGCCAGCAUUAAUGAAGUUGAUGUUCUCCAUAAGUUUACCCCUUUACAUUGGGCAGCACAUUCUGGAAGUUUGGAGUGUCUUCAUUGGCUGCUCUGGCAUGGAGCUGAUAUCACACACGUAACAACAAGAGGCUGGACAGCAUCUCACAUAGCUGCAAUCAGGGGUCAGGAUGCUUGUAUACAGGCUCUUCUAAUGAAUGGAGCAAAUCUGACAGCCCAGGAUGAACGGGGAUGCACUCCUUUACAUCUUGCUGCAACUCAUGGACAUUCUUUCACACUACAAAUAAUGCUCCGAAGUGGAGUGGACCCCAGUGUGACCGAUAAGAGAGAAUGGAGACCUGUACAUUAUGCAGCUUUUCAUGGGCGGCUUGGCUGCCUGCAACUUCUUGUUAAAUGGGGUUGUAGCGUAGAAGAUGUGGACCACAAUGGAAACCUUCCAGUUCACUUAGCAGCCAUGGAAGGCCACCUUCACUGUUUCAAAUUCCUCUUCAGUAGGAUGAGCAGUGCGACACAAGUUUUAAAAGCCUUCAAUGAUAAUGGAGAAAAUGUACUGGAUUUGGCCCAGCGGUUCUUCAAGCAGAACAUCAUACAGUUUAUCCAGGGGGCUGAGUAUAAAGUAAACACCUUGGAAGAUCAGGAAACUUUAGCAUUUCCAGGUCAUGUGGCUGCCUUUAAGGGUGAUUUGGGAAUGCUUAAGAAAUUAGUAGAAGAUGGAGCAAUCAAUAUUAAUGAACGUGCUGAUAACGGAUCAACUCCUAUGCAUAAAGCUGCUGGACAAGGCCACAUAGAGUGUUUGCAGUGGUUGAUUAAAAUGGGAGCAGACAGUAAUAUUACCAACGAAGCAGGGGAGAGACCCAGUGAUGUGGCAAAGAGGUUUGCCCAUUUGGCAGCAGUGAAGCUAUUAGAGGGGCUACAGAAAUAUGAUAUAGAUGAAGAGAAUGAAAUUGAUGAAAAUGAUGAGAAGUUUUUUAUAAGACAUGGUGUUGAGGGAAGCACUGAUGCCAAGGAUGAUUUAUGUCUGAGUGACUCGGAUAAAACAGAUGCCAGAAUGAGAGCUUACAAGAAAAUUGUAGAAUUGAGACACCUCCUGGAAAUUGCCGAGAGCAACUAUAAACACUUGGGAGGGAUAACAGAAGAAGAUUUAAAGCAGAGGAAAGAACAGCUCGAGGCUGAAAAGACCAUCAAAGAACUGCAGGACCAGCUGGAGUAUGAACGACUACGUAGAGAAAAAUUAGAAUGUCAGCUUGAUGAAUACCGAGCAGAGGUCAAUCAGCUCAGGGAAACACUGGAAAAAAUUCAAGUCCCCAACAUUGUGGCCAUGGAAGACAGCACUUCUUGUGAGUCAAACAGAGAGAAGAGGCGAGUAAAAAAGAAGGUUUCUUCUGGGGGAGUAUUUGUGAGACGGUACUAAUCAGGGAAAUAACUAAAUAAACCUGCUUGAUUUUUCUCUUUCUUUUAAAAAAUUGAUAUAAAUGUAAGUCUAUAAAACUAUCUCAGAAUUACUCUGAUAUGCUUCUGUUCCAACUCUGAAAGCAGAAAUAUGUUACACUAAAGAGAUAUAGAGAUUUUUUAAAUGGCACAGACUCAGUUGUACACCUUCUCCCAAUAUGCUUCUUAUAUAUUGCUACACAGGCAAGUCAAGAGAUUUAUGAGUAAUUAAUUUUACAAGUAUUCACGUAAACUUUAAAAUAUUAGAUCGUAUAGUCAUCAAAAGAAAUCUAGUUCUAGAUGUUAAAAAUUAUUAACAAUUCAACUAUGGCUCCAUUAUGGAAUCAUAUUUCUUUCACUUUCUAGAGAGUACCCUUUACUUCUAUUAGUGUGAAUAUGUUUUUAAACACUUUUUUUCAAAUGACGUAACUGCAAGCUUUUUAAAACUAUAGAGAAGAGGCAGACUGGACAGGAUAAAAAAACACUUGGCUUUAUUUCUUCCUCUUUUCCCCUAGAUCUUAAAGAUUAGUAGUGCUUGGUCAACCAAAAAGCAACUAUGGCUUUUCAGUUCAGUUCUGACUUCAAUUACCUUUUUUCCUACCCCCCUCUAUUUUCUCCUCUCUUCCCUCCAUAGGCUAGCAAAGAUUUAUGACUCUCUUGUGGCCAGCUGUGUAGCUCCUGUCUCCCCCUGAAGAUCUGUUGCUGGUUUAGGGCUUCCCUGGCAGCUGCCUUCCCACCAUUCCACAGUCUGCCUACCCUCUGGACCCCUGCAUGCACUUCAUGUGGACACUAAAGUUAUUUCGACCGAGUAUCAUCAGAACUAGUUUGCCCUGACAAGAAUGCAUUUGAUUGUUGAAACCAGUUCAGCAGAUUAAGGGUCUGUAAAUAAGUGUUAAAAAAUGAACUUUUGCUGCCAAGGUUAAUCCCAGCUCUGCACUGUUGUGUAAUCCUAGGCACAACUACUUAAUCUCUUUCUAUAAAAUAUACCUACCUCAUAUGGCUGUCACUGGGAGAAUUAAGAGAUAGUAACAGAUCUUACACAAAGUGCCCAAUAAAUGUUGACAACUACUAUUAGUAUAGAUUGAAAGCCACAGAAACCACAGAAGUACUAAAAAUAUAUAAGGAUUAUUAAAAGGAUAGGUGAGUCAUUUUUAACAUUUGCUUACAGACCCUUAACCAGCUGAACUGGUUUCAGCAAUCAAAUGGACUCUUGUCAGGGUAAACUAGUUCUGAUACUAGGUCAAAUUGGCUUUGGUGUCCAUGUGAGGUAGAUGCAAGGGUCCAGAGGGUGGGAAGUUUGGUAUAUGGUGAGAAGGCUGCUGCCAGGGAAGCCCCCAAACCAGCGACAGAUCUUCAGAGGGAGAUAGGAGCUUCACAGCUGGCCCCAAGAGAGUCACAAAUCUUUGCUGGCUCAUGGUGGGAAAAGAAGAGAAAAUAGAGGGGGGUGGGAAAAAAGAGGGAAUUGAAGUCAGAACUGAACUGAAAGCCAUAGUUGUUUUUUGGUCAGCAAAGCACAUUUAUUGGGAACUCUAAGAUUUGUGCCAAGCAAGCCCUUAACUAUCUCUGAAUUGUCACGACAGCCAUAAGAGAUAGGAAUAUUUUAUAAAGUAGUUGUGCCUACAAUUAUACAAUGUUGAGCUGGGAUCCUAACCUUGGCAGCAAAAGUCUGCAUUCUCUUAUCAUUAAUGGAAUUUCCAGACCAUUUUCCUCCCCUUCUGGGACUACACAUAGCCUUACUUUUCCCCUCUAACUUGCUGCUAAAGUAAUCCCAAACCUGGAAAUAGUUUAUUUGCCCCAGUUUUCUUUAAUCUCUUUUUGUACCAGUGAGACAGAAAAUACCAGAAUAGUGUUGUAAUAAAAGCAUACACACCCUGUGGCAGAGGUUCCCUGGUUGUCCUCCAAAAUCCAUUCUCCCCUCUUCCAUAGUGGGAAGGAUUUUUCUGGGUUUGUUGCUGCUCACGAUAAGGACUAACUUCCCAGCUUGGCUUUGCAGCUAAGAGACCAAGUUGCGUCCAGAAGGAUGUGAGCAAAAAAUGUUACGUAAAACCUUAGGGCCAUGGCUCUAAAGUCACCUCUUGCUCUUUUCUUCUUCUGGAAUGUGGAUGUGGUGGUGAGUCAGCCACUGGACCUUGUGAAUGAGGGGAACACAAGGAUGGCAGAGCAGUAAAAUAAGGAGCACGGGCCCCGACACGAUAGAGCUGACAUAUUGGCCCUAGAAUGCUUACAUUGGACUGUAAGAGAAAAAUAAACCUAAUCUUAUUUAAGCCAC